AUGUCUUCAGAGCUCCCCUCUACGCCGCCGAGCCAUCAUUCUAAGAGCGCCGAUCUCUCUCGCGAUGAGCGGCUUCAAGUUCAGACUCUCCGCAAAUGUGGUUUUACAUACGAGCAAAUCGUCGCGCAACUCGGCUUUACCUACAACCAGGUCGGACAUGCCUGCCGCGCCCCAAACAUCACGCCAAAGAAACGCUCUGGUCGGCCCAGCCUUCUCAAUCCAGAACAGAUUGAAGAUUUGAUUGCGUUCAUCACUUCCUCGAAAGCUACUCGCCGAAUGCCCUACUCCAAAAUCCCUGCUGCUCUAGGCUGGGACUGUUCAGGGUAUGCGAUCCGCUACGCCCUCCGUCAAGCCGGCUUUCAACGUUACGUGGCAUAUCGAAAGCCCCCAAUUAUCGAGAAGAACCGAAAACGCCGGCUAGACAACGCCCUCGAGCGCGUAUACUGGCCCCUCGAGCGAUACCAUCAAAUCCUCUGGACUGAUGAGACCUGGAUUACUGCUGGUACCCACCGGAAGGUCUGGGUUACACGCCGUCAAGACGAGGCAUAUGAUCCUACCUGCAUUGUCGAGCGCGAACAACGGCCAAAAGGAUGGAUGUUCUGGGGUUCGUACUCAGUAAAAUAUGGGAAAGGGCCCUGUCUUUUCUGGGAGAAGGAUUGGGGAUCGAUAACUGGGGAGAAGUAUUCGGAAAGAGUCGUUCCUCUUAUAGAUGGGUGGUUCCGUCUUCACCCAGAUCAGGUCCUCAUGCAUGACAAUGCCUCUCCUCAUACUGCCCAGGUCACGCGCGAAGAGCUUGAGGCUCGCGGGAUUCCGGUGUACAGCCAUCCCCCGUAUAGCCCUGAUCUGAAUCCCAUCGAGAACGCAUGGAACUGGAUGAAAGAUUACAUCGCAGAGAACUACCCAGCAAAGAUGUCAUACGAUCAACUACGUCAAGCGGUAUACGCUGCGUGGGAAGCAAUCCCCGAGGAAUUCCUUAGGGAGCGUGUAGAUACAAUGCCUAUACGGCAGCAGGCAGUUAUUGAUGCCAACGGAAUGCAUAGUCCUUUCUGA